AUGGACGUGUUCAAAUUAAUCUACAACAACUACCGUCACAUCUUUUGCAAGGAUGGUUUGAUGUUAGGUGCAUUGCGUGGCGGCCAUACCGAUGUGAUCUGUACGUUAUUGGACCAGAAGGAGCCUCACUGCUUCGACCGCACUGGUCUGAUCACCAAUAUAAUCUCACGUCAUUCCAAUUUUAAUAUUGGACUUGCUCUCCUUUUGGCUGAACAUGGAUAUGUGUCCAAGUCUGAGCUACUACCCCAUGCACAAAUGUACCUGAAGAGAAACAAUAUUGCCCUUAUCCGCCGCUUCAUCAAGUUGUCAGAUCAGUCACUGGCAGCCAUGCGGGUAGCAGUCUUGGAAUGGCCCAACUUCUCGGCAUUGAUAUCCACGGGCGACAUUGACCUGAUCGAUGAACUUAUGCGUGGCAACUCCAAAGUGAAGAUGCCAAGAUACUCGAUCGAUCAUUAUCCAUUGACGAUUUUAGAGUUGACCAAUGUUGAAUCGAUGCUUGACCGACUGAAGGACACCCAACAGUUGUUAAGGCUAUUGCACAAAGUCGAAGAAUUCUUGGACAUCGGUGAGGAUCAGAGGGAAUUGCACAGGUCAAAGGAUAUCAACCUAAUUCACAAGAGGACUUUGGAAAAGAUUGCCAAGUGUCGAAUAGAGGCCAGGACCAUUCUGGAGAGCAGUUAUUAUUGGAUGAGUGUACGGACUGAUGAUGAACGGGCCAAGAUACUCGCACAAGACGAUGAAGCAUCCGCAUCGAUGUCCCAAAUGCUAGAGAUGUUUGCCAUUCUUUACAAUGGGUACGGUUUGGCCACAGGGUCGUUCAUCGAGUAUAUCAUUCAGACCCAAAACUAUUCAAUGUUGUGCUUGCUUGGAUCUGGAGGAAACGAGACUAUACUCAGUGAACGAGGAACACUGGAGCAGAUCAUUAUCAUGACACACAAUCCUAGUAGCCAUUUAUCAAGCAAAGUCUAUCACUGCAUGUCACAUGCCGAUCGAGCAGAGGGUUUAAGAAUUCUUAGGUUCGUCAAUAAUAUAGAGAACCGACUAAGACCUGAAGAUUCUUAUCCAUUCACUGGCAGUGAGGAGAUGUUCAAGUUCAUAAUGUCCGAUGAGUUCGUUUUGCCAUUGCCAUUGGAGACCAGAGGAUGCUGUCAAUGGUAUUGGAAUAUUUCCGAGCAAGCAUGA